UUCCGUAGUUCUCGCGGCCGUUCUGGGGUUGCAGGGCGGGAGCGACUGCGGAGGAGAGUGCGGCACCGCGACCUCUGACCCUCCCCACGACCCCGUGACCCCGCCCCCAGUUACGACCCCCGUUCGCCCCAUCUCUCUGUGAGAUGUGACCCCACAUUCUGCGUGGAUCUCAGACUCCGUCUUGCCCCAUGAGUCCUGUCCCCAUGUCCACCUGUGACCCUUGACCCCGCCCCCGGCCGACAAGCCCCUUGGCUGCACUCCGUGUGAACCUGAACUCUCCCAUCCCUGUGGACUUCUUGCUCCCACUUUGACCCUUCUCUCUGGGAAUCCUGACUCCUUUUGCGACCUCCAUUGUCCAUCUUUGACACUGACCCCAGUUUCCUAUGACCCCUCUUCCCCUUUCUGGCAGACCCUGAUUCCCCACUCUGGUGAUGAGAACCCUUCCUUCCCUGGGAAUCUUGACCACAGCCUGUCACUCCUGGCCUUGACCCUGGUAUUGGGUCCUGGGACGUAACUCUUAUUCUUUCCUGUACCUCGAGUUCCGGACAAUCUACUUUGAACCUUGACCCUAACCGACCACUACCCUGUGUCUACAGUUGAACCUUAACCUCACCCCGGGACCCCUGUUCUCCUAGUGAAACUUAACCUCACCCCGGGGACCCCGUUUUCCUUGUGAUCCAGAUCCUUCCUUCUCCUGAGACUCUGGUUGCUCCCUGGAACCUUGAGCACUGCCUUCCCAUGACUCCUGUCCUUGACCCUGGUCCUGGGAGGGAACCCCCAAACCCCAUCUUGUGCCAUGAUCCCUUAACCCCAGGCUCAGUCAUGACCUCUAACCUUUCUUUUCUGUCUUUUUCUAUCAACUUCUGUUCAGUAUUCUUUUUGAUCCUUUUCUUUUUCUGGUGGUCUUUAACCCUGGCACCCCUGAGGGAUUUUUGUCCCUUCCUACCCCACUUGGCAGCCUCAGCGUUGGGGGUUCUCAGGAUCCUGACUAUCCAGGAAGAGUUUCCUAAUUGGGUUUCCUGGGUGGAUGCCCAGGCCUGGCCCCACCACUGGUCUCAGGAACGUCCCUCAUGUCUGCUCUCCUGGUUUAGGUUGGGGGAAUAUGCAAAGAGUGACUCUGAAACCAAGGUGCCAGGGAGCUCAGUGAGGGACAGUGGGUGCCACCACCCCAAGUACUAGAGAUGCACUGGAGGGACACAUCGGAACAAGCCUGGUAGUGAGGUAGGGAUCUCAGGAUGUCUCCUCAGAUGUCAUGAUUAAAACUCUGAAAAGUUUGAAAAAAAAAAAAAAAAAGGCCUGAGUGUGUCAAGUGGCUGGGACAUCCCCCGGCUCUGCUUCCCGGAAUGCCUCUGAGUCCCGCCUGCUCGGGAGCGGCCUUCCUGCCUUGGCCGUCUAGUGCCAGCCACUGCACCUGUGAGUGGGGAGCGACGGGGUGCCUGGCCAUGGGGGUGGCAUGAUUGCUGGCAGCUUGGCGAGUGGAUAUGACAUUACAACUGCUGCCAGCACCACAGAGUGAGCAGCCUCGAUAGCCGCCACCCGAGGGUGGCGGAGCGCCGCCUCCACCUGCCUGAUGCUGGCAGUGGAACCCACCAUGGAUGGGGACUUCCCUCCACAUGAGCUCCCUCCCCCCGGAGGUGGCAUCCAGCUCCAGAACCGACUCCUGCACUGUCCUUGGUGGGGCAGUUUCUCACCGCCAUUGUACCCCACCUUCUCCAGUGAAAAUCAACAGUUCGUGAGCUCCACCCCAUUCCUUGGUGGCCAGUCUUGCCCUGAAACCAGCUACCCCACCACAGCCACCGUCCCCAGCUUCUUCUCCAAGAGCAGCGACUUUCCUCAGGAUCCUUCAUGCCUCGAGGACCUCUCCAAUGCCUCUGUCUUCUCCUCGUCUGUGGAUUCCCUGUCAGAUAUCCCAGACACACCCGACUUCCUGCCGGCCGACAGCCUCAACGAGGUGCCUACCAUCUGGGAUGUCAGCACCACCUCCACCACCCGGGACAAGCUGUUCCUACCGAGUGUGCCAUUCUCGGCUCUGGAAGACCCGGUGACCGCAGUUUCCAGUACCCCGCUUCUCGUCAGCUAUCAGUCACACAGCCAGCCUGAGGAGGAGGAAGGCGAAGACGAGGAGGAGGCUGAGGAACUGGGCCAUGCUGAGACCUAUGCCGACUAUGUACCUUCCAAGUCCAAGAUUGGAAAGCAGCACCCAGACCGUGUAGUGGAGACCAGCACACUGUCCAGCGUUCCGCCCCCAGACAUCACCUACACCCUGGCACUACCCACCUCAGACAACGGGACCCUGUCUGCCCUACAGCUGGAAGCCAUCACCUAUGCCUGCCAGCAACACGAGGUCCUGCUGCCCAGUGGGCAGCGUGCUGGUUUCCUGAUUGGGGAUGGGGCCGGCGUGGGCAAGGGCCGCACGGUGGCUGGCAUCAUAGUGGAGAAUUACCUGCGGGGCCGGAAGAAGGCUUUGUGGUUCAGUGCCUCCAAUGACCUCAAGUAUGAUGCAGAACGGGACCUGAGAGACAUCGAGGCCCCCGGCAUUGCGGUGCAUGCACUAAGCAAGAUCAAGUACGGUGACAACACUACCUCAGAGGGUGUCCUCUUUGCCACCUACUCUGCCCUGAUUGGAGAAAGCCAGGCGGGUGGGCAGCAUCGCACACGUCUACGCCAGAUCCUGCAGUGGUGUGGAGAGGCCUUUGAUGGUGUGAUUGUGUUUGACGAGUGUCACAAAGCCAAGAAUGCCAGCUCCACCAAGAUGGGCAAGGCCGUGCUGGACCUGCAGAACAAGCUGCCCCAGGCCAGGGUGGUGUAUGCCAGCGCCACAGGCGCCUCUGAGCCCCGCAACAUGAUAUACAUGAGCCGCUUGGGCAUCUGGGGCGAGGGCACACCCUUCCGGACCUUCGAGGAGUUCCUGCAUGCCAUUGAGAAGAGGGGCGUGGGUGCCAUGGAGAUUGUGGCCAUGGACAUGAAGGUCAGUGGCAUGUACAUCGCCCGCCAGCUCAGCUUCUCAGGGGUCACAUUCCGAAUCGAGGAGAUCCCACUGUCUCCUGUCUUCGAGCAGGUCUAUAAUCGGGCAGCCCGGCUGUGGGCCGAGGCCCUGAGUGUGUUCCAGCAGGCGGCUGACUGGAUCGGUCUGGAGUCUCGGAAGUCCCUGUGGGGUCAGUUCUGGUCCGCACACCAGCGCUUCUUUAAAUACCUGUGCAUUGCGGCCAAGGUGCACCGGCUGGUGGAGCUGGCACAGCAGGAGCUGAGCAGGGACAAGUGCGUGGUCAUCGGGCUGCAGUCCACAGGGGAGGCGCGGACCCGAGAGGUGCUAGACGAGAAUGAGGGCCGCCUGGACUGCUUCGUCUCUGCAGCAGAAGGCGUCUUCCUGUCCCUGAUCCAGAAGCACUUCCCUUCCACCAGGAGGAGGCGUGACCGGGGAGGAGGAAAGAGGAAACGGCGGCCUCGGGGUCGUGGUCCCAAGGCUUCCAGACUGACACUGGAGGCAGCAGGAGUUAUCCGUAUUAGUGAUGGCAGCAGCACAGAGUCAGAUGCUGGCCUGGAUAGCGACUUCAAUUCAUCCCCAGAGUCCCUGGUAGAUGAUGAUGUGGUCAUCGUAGACGCCCCCACGCUCCCCACAGAUGACCGAGGUCCCCUGUACCCACUUCAGAGAGACCUACAGGGCCCUGGUGUCCUGGAGCGGGUGGAACGGCUGAAACAGGGCCUGCUGGCAAAGGUGCGAGCACUGGGCCGGGAGCUGCCUGUGAACACAUUGGACCAGCUCAUCCACCAGCUUGGGGGCCCGGAGUGUGUGGCUGAGAUGACUGGCAGGAAAGGCCGAGUGGUAUCGAGGCCCGACGGGUCAGUGGUCUUUGAGUCCAGAGCAGAGCAGGGCCUGUCCAUCGACCAUGUGAACCUCAGGGAGAAGCAGCGUUUCAUGAGCGGCGAGAAGCUCGUGGCUAUUAUCUCUGAGGCCUCCAGCUCUGGUGUCUCCCUCCAAGCCGACCGGCGAGUCCAGAACCAGAGACGCCGGGUACACAUGACCUUGGAGCUGCCUUGGAGCGCAGACCGAGCCAUCCAACAGUUUGGCCGCACCCACAGAUCCAACCAGGUCUCAGCGCCCGAGUAUGUCUUCCUUAUCUCCGAGCUGGCAGGGGAGCGCAGGUUCGCCUCCAUUGUGGCCAAGCGGCUGGAGAGUCUGGGUGCUCUGACCCACGGAGAUCGACGGGCCACUGAGUCCCGGGACCUGAGCAAGUAUAACUUCGAGAACAAGUAUGGCGCCCGUGCGCUCAGCCGUGUCCUUGCCACAAUCAUGGGCCAGACAAACAACAGGGUGCCCCUGCCCCAGGGCUAUCCAGGAGGGGAUGCUGCCUUUUUUCGGGACAUGAAGCAGGGCCUGCUGUCUGUGGGCAUCGGUAGCCGGGAGUCACGCUCUGGCUGCUUGGAUGUGGAGAAGGACUGCUCCAUCACCAAGUUUCUGAACCGCAUCCUUGGGCUGGAGGUGCACAAGCAGAACGCGCUGUUCCAGUAUUUCUCCGACACGUUUGACCACCUCAUCGAGAUCGACAAGAAGGAGGGCAGAUACGACAUGGGCAUUCUGGACCUGGCCCCCGGCAUCAAUGAAAUACAUGAAGAGAGCCAGCAGGUGUUCCUGGCACCCGGGCACCCACAGGACGGGCAGGUGGUCUUCUACAAGAUUAGCGUGGACCGCGGUAUGAAGUGGGAAGAGGCAUUCACUAGGUCGCUGGAGCUAAAAGGCCCCUAUGACGGCUUCUACCUCUCCUACAAGGUACGAGGCAGCAAAACGAGCUGCCUUCUGGCAGAACAGAAUCGAGGCGAUUAUUUCACCGUGUACAAGCCAAACAUUGGCCGGCAGAGCCAGCUGGAGACCCUGGACAACCUGUGCCGGAAGUUCCACCGGGUCACCCCGGAAGAGGCGCGGGAACCCUGGGAGAGCAGCUAUGCGCUGUCGCUGGAGCACUGCAGCCACACUACCUGGAACCAGCGCUGCCGACUGGCACAGGAGGGCAAGUGCUGUGCCCAGGGCCUGCGCCUCCGCCACCACUACAUGCUGUGCGGGGCGCUGCUGCGCGUGUGGGGCCGCAUCGCUGCUGUCAUGGCGGACGUCAGCAGUAGCAGCUACCUACAGAUCGUGCGCCUCAAGACCAAGGACAAAAAGAAGCAAGUGGGCAUCAAGAUCCCGGAGGGCUGCGUUCACCGCGUACUGCAGGAACUGCAGCUCAUGGAUGCAGAAGUGAAGCGCCGCAGCGCUCAUGGGUUGGCUGCGCGCCCACCUACUCCUCGUGCGAUUACACUUCCAUGCGGUCCUGGUGAGGUGCUGGACUUGACCUACAGUCCCCCGGCCGAGCCUUUCCCAGCGCCUCCACGCUUCGCCUUCCCUUCGUUGCCACCCCCAGACCCCAGCUCUCUGAUGCUGGGUACCAGGGACAACGCUACCAACCCUGUGGAGCUGGCACACCAGGGCUGCGACAUCAAUUUCAGGGAAGUGCUGGAGGACAUGCUCCGCUCUUUGCGCGCGGGGCCCACUGAGACCCCUGCGCCUCUGGUGGGCGUGGGCGGCGGCGGAGGCGGUGGCACAGAGCGGCAGAGCGUUAUCCACUUCAGUCCACCCUUCCCAAACUCUUAGGCUGCUACAUCAGCCUCUGGAUUACACUGCACUGGGCAGUAAGGCCUAUGGGCUCCUCUGCUAGCAGGGGUUCCCAUGACUACUGAGGGUGACUGGCCACGGUGCCUUCCCAACCAGUAGGGCGUGGGGCCCCUGUGCCUCCCCUGCUACAGCCAUGCCCAGCCUAGAAGCCGUGGGGCUUGGUUGUCCCAGAGAGCUGGUAACUCAGGAAAUCGGUGCUCGGGCCCCGCUGGCUAUGGGGGCUCCACGGGGUAGACCCCGUUAAUAUAUGCAAUCCCCUGCCCCCUAAAUUAUUGUCACCUGCCCCUCCCCAGCCCCGGAAUCUGUGGGCAGCCGGCAGGCCCUGGUUUCUAUGUAUUUAUAACGAACUGUGUACAUAUGUAAAGACCUUUUCUAAAAUAUACAUGCCUUUGCCUA